AUGGCGAAAGAGGGAACCGACAUUGAUGACGAAGUAAGUGUCACGUUCGAUGCUAUGGAAGAAGAAGAAGAAGAAGAAAAUGCAGAGGAGGAAGAAGAUGGAGGAGAAGACAUGGACGAAGAAGACGAAGUGGAAGGAGAGUAUACAUUCAGGUUCAAAAAUGGUAUGAGCCCUUUGGACUUUGUUGAUAACAAUGAUUCUGGUGUUCAACGCUACCAGCAAUUCGAGCGCCUUGAGUACGAAGCUCUCGCCGAUAAAAAGCGAAAAGCGAUUCAGCAAAACGAACCUGAAGGAACUUCUUGUAAAAAGGCAAGGGUAGAUGAUAUUUCUGAGGCAAGCAUGGCUGAGAUAAUGGAAACAAUGAAUUACGGUGUGCGCAGGAGAUCGAGAAAGCAAAGACCUAAAAAAAGAGGUAGGAGAAAAGGAUCAAAGAAUAAACUCAACCCUCAGCUAACACGAAUGCUGGGUGAUGCCACUCUUCACUAUGCCUGUGGCCGUAAUGACCAGGCAAGACAUGUCUUGCAUGAAGUUGUUAGGCUGGCACCAAAUUUGCCUGACUCGUAUCACACCCUUGGACUUGUCUAUAGUUCACUUGAGGAUUAUAAAAGAGCUAUGGAUUUCUACAUGAUUGCUGCUCAUUUGACUCCAAAAGAUUCAUCUCUUUGGAAAUUGCUUUUUACCUGGUCCAUAGAACAAGGUGAUAUUGGUCAAGCCAGUUAUUGUCUUUCAAAAGCAAUAACAGCUGAUCCCAAGGAUGUUACUCUUAGAAAUCAUCGUGCAAUGCUUUAUGUUGAACUUGGAGAUUAUCAAAAAGCUGCUGUGGCAUAUGAGCAAGUACAUCAACUCAGCCGUGAGAAUGUUGAUGCACUAAAAGCAGCAGCCAAGUUCUACCAAAAAUGUGGUCAAGUUGACUGUUCAGUUCGCAUUCUUGAAGACUAUCUUAAGAGUCAACCCAACGGAUCAAAUGCAAGUGUAGUUGAUCUACUGGGUGCCAUAUUGAUGGAAACUAAGGCACAUGACAGAGCUCUUCAGCAUAUUGAACAUGCCCAAGUGGUAAAUUCAGGAAAAGAAUUGCCUUUGAGUUUGAAAAUUAAAGCUGGAAUAUGCCAUCUUCAUCUUGGAAACAUGGAGAUGGCUCAGGUUCUCUUUAAUGAUUUGAAACCAGAGAAUGCAAGCGAGCAUGUUGACUUGGUCACCAUGGUUGCAGACUCAUUAAUGGAUCUUGAACAUUAUAAUUCUGCACUGAAUUAUUAUUUGACGUUGGAAGGAAAUAGUGGAAAUGAAAAUGGUCAUCUGCAUCUGAAAAUUGCUAGAUGUUACCUAUCCUUGAACGAAAGGUCACAAGCAAUUAUAUUCUUUUCCAAAGCUCUUGAAACUCUAGAAGAUGAUGUUGAUGCACGCAUAACUUUGGCAUCCCUUAUGCUUGAACAAGGGAAAGAAGAUGAAGCCAUUUCCUUACUGUCUCCUCCAAAGGAUUCUGACUCUGUUGAAGCACAUUGUGAAGAGGCAAAUAGUUGGUGGGUUGAUGUAAGAAUAAAACUAAAGCUCUGCAACAUAUAUCGGAAUAGAGGGAUGCUUGAUGACUUUGUGGAUGCAAUUUUCCCUUUGAUACGUGAAUCACUGUAUGUUGCAACUCUUCGACAAAAGGGUAAAUCAAAAAAGCGCCUCUCUAGAAGAGAUCUAGUCGAAAGGGUUAGGGUACUGGAUGGUCAGGAGAAGGAUAAUGUAUUUCGAGGAUUCAGGCCGAUAGCUACACCAUCUGAUCUGUUGAAAGCUUCUAGGGCAAAAAGGUUGCUCCAGAAGAAGGCAAUUCAGAAGGAGAGAAAAAAAGCUGAGGCACUAGCAUCUGGAAUUGACUGGCUAAGUGAUGAUUCAGAUAUUGAGCCUCAGGAUGUGAACAAAGAACCUCCCCUGUGUAAUCUUCUCAAAGAUGAAGAACAUCACCAGCUAAUCGUUGAUUUAUGCAAAGCAUUAGCAUCCUUGCAAAGGUAUUGGGAAGCACUGGAGAUUAUUAAUCUCACUUUAAGAUUGGCCCAUACUACUCUAUCUGCUGAGAAGAAAGAGGAGCUUCGAUCUCUUGGAGCUCAAAUGGCAUACAAUACCACAGAUCCUAAGCAUGGAUUUGAUUGUGUAAAAUACAUUGUACAGCAACAUCCACACAGUGUUGCAGCUUGGAAUUGCUACUACAAGGUUAUGUCAAGAUUGGAAAACCGAGAUACAAGACAUUACAAAUUUGUACGUUCUAUGCAAGGAAAAUUUGUGGAUUGCGUGCCUCCUAUCCUCAUUUCUGCACAUCAGUUUACUUUAUUUAGCCAUCAUCAAGAUGCGGCAAGGAAAUACCUUGAAGCUUAUAAACUUUUGCCCGAGAAUCCCUUGGUUAAUCUUUGUGUUGGAACUGCCUUGAUCAACUUAGCAUUGGGUUUCAGACUUCAAAAUAAGCAUCAGUGUGUCGUACAAGGUUUAGCAUUCCUUUACAAUAAUUUGAGGAUCUGUGAGAACAGCCAGGAAUCAUUGUACAAUAUUGCUAGGGCAUGCCAUCAUGUUGGUCUAGUAACUCUGGCGGCUUUAUAUUAUGAGAAGGUGAUUGCUAUUCGUGAGAGAGACUAUCCAAUUCCAAAACUUCCCAAUGAGAAUCCAGAUAUCAUGGAAAAUCAUAAACCUGGUUACUGCGACCUUCGCAGAGAGGCGGCUUACAAUUUGCAUUUAAUCUAUAAAAGGAGUGGAGCUCUUGAUCUUGCUAGGCAAGUUCUAAAAGAUCAUUGUACUUUGUGAGUUAACAUGUUCAUUAUAAACGACAAUCAUCUU